UACACGACACGGACACGACCGGACGAAGUUAGUUCUCAUCCUGACACUGUCGCGUCGGUGUCGCCGUGUUUCGUGUACACGACCGGUGUAAACGCGAGUGUUUCUCAACAGUUAGCUGCUUCCACCUGCUCAGAUACAGCCUCACUGACGCCUCUGUCAACCGCCGGUUCAGCUCCCCGCUCCCCUCCCGUGUCAGUAUGGCACACUCGAGUGUCUUCUGCCUCACAUUGAUCGGUUUAUGGUGCGAAUACAUUCGAUAGUUUAAAGCAAAAAUGUUCCGCACUGCACACAGCGAUGCUGCAUCCGCGCAUGCGCACUGGCUCAGCGCUGCCAGGGACCGGAUAACAUGACUGUGGAAAUGAUCUGAUGUUUACAAACCAAAGUGCUGUGACAGUAGCUUAUUAAAGCCUUUAAUCCAGAUCCAGCUGUUAUCUCACUCAAUCCACGUUACCCUUCAAUUGAUGGCCAUCGAAGAAACGACCGACCACACGUUUCAGUGGAUAUAUUCUUGGAGAAAAAUGUGAAAUCUAAAUAUGUUUUUGAUGAAUCAGUUCAUGAUGUUGUUUUCCCCUUGUUGUGACUGUAACUGUAUUUACAAUCUACCUUGAAAUAUCCUUUUGAAUUAGUUCCUCUACAUCUCAAUAUGUUGCUCUGUACCUCACAUGUAUUUACGAUAAUAAACUACAAUAGAUUUUGGUUAGUGCGAGCUCAUCCGCGAUUCUCUGGACUCACAACUGCAGCAGCUCUUAAGAUGUGCAACCAAAGUCGCCUCGGAAAGUAUGUAAGAACCUGGACAGAAAACCUCCAGACUCCCUGCCGCGUUGUCCGUUCAUGCCUUCACAUAUAUACUGGUUUUCAAGUAGAUUUUAAUUGUAUUUUCUUUUUAUUGAUGUAUUUAAUAUAAUAAAACGUCUUGUAUUUUAGCUUUUUCCCAUCCAUCCUGUUUUGGAUCACCCCUUUGUAAUGAUUUUUAAAUGCCCAAAUAAGUGAUAGAGCUUCUAUAAACAAUACUUUGGAUUCAUCUUUCGUCUUUCCCUUUUCUUUGUCAGUUAUUGCUCUCUUUGGCGUCACGAUGGCUUGCUAAUUCCUUGGCUCCCUCUAAGCACAACACCAACUUCAUGUUGGUCCUAUUUAUAUUUCCACCUCCUCCAGUUGAAAGCAACUAAUAUCCAUCCUACAUUGAAAGUGUAGGUAGACUUCCUGUCAUCAUGCACUUACCGGGCCGCUUGUGCUGCUCCAGCAUGCGGGAUUUAUUAAUAUCGACCGACGUUCUGCCUGAUUGAUGCUCGUCUGCAUCCGCUUCCAGCCAGGUAAACAAAACACGCGGCUUUGCCAUCAUUUAGUCGAUAAGAUCUCCGGUACCAUGCAUCGUCAACAUAAAGUUGCUGUACUUCUGGCACAUUUGUAUUCAAAUAAAGUCUUACACAAAGUAGUGCAAACCCUAGCAGUAUCCGUCCUCCUCUUCUAAUGCCUUUAUUCAGCUCCUUUUUCAGUCUCAACAGAUAUUAAAACCCUAAUGUCGCCACGUGCGCAUGACGAGUUAAUACCAGGAAGUUCUCCACACGCCACAUAUUUCUCAUUGUUCCGAGUCAGGUGAUUGUUCCGCUCCAGUUCCUCGACUCUUGUCAGGAAUCUUUGGCCUAAAAUGAUUCAUGCAGGAGGAGCAUGCAUCAAUUAUUCAUGGCCAGUGAUUGAUUAUAAAGCCUCUUUGUCUAAUAACAGAUGAACCAUUAGAGGCUUCCCCCUCCACUGUGCUCACCCAAGUCUGUAGAUCUGUGGCUUUCUCUCUUGCUGCUCCAAGAUUUCUAAUCUACAGGCCGUGACCCAGAUGCUAUUGAGGACAGAGGGCUUAGCCGCCAUGUCGCCGGGUCUUUCAUUAAACCCUGAACAGCCUGAGCACUUAAUGAGUCGGGGGGGGAGACGAGCUGGACUGUGAAGGAGACUUUGUGGAAACUGGCGGGACGAGGCGACGCAUGCGGAAACUUCAGACAUGGCUGGAACUUUACUGGAUAAAUAGGCUUCCGACUACCUCACCACGAUCCUCAACACGAGCUGUAUACAGUGUGGGACGUUUCGGAAUCCUAUCGACCAUCAUUUCUGGACUAUAAGACGCUACUUUUUUCUCGCGGUUUGAGCCCUGUGGCUUAUGCAACAGCGCGGCUAAUGUAUGGAUUUUUGCAGGCUGAAAUCAGAGGCUUUUUAUUGACCCUUGAAGCACUCAAAAUGUGCCUGCGUGUCCACAGCUCUGUCAACAGAGUGGAUCUCUUGGAGGUCUGGAAUCCAGAAGCAGCUGCUGAGACCGGCAGUGGUGUCGGAACUUUGGGCACACAGGUGAAAAUGGCGCAUUUUGAGGGCUUUAGUAUGAAUAAAAGACGUGAGAUGCUGUCUCCAGGCAAAGUGCGUUCGGCUCAAAAGUCCGACGUGAACACAAGCCAGCCGGCUUAUGUAUGAACAAGAUCGAUUUUCCUUCUUAAAUGUAGUGAGUGCAGCUAAUAUAAUAUUCAGGUGCGCUCCAUAGUCUGGAAAUUACGGUAGUUUUUUGCUAGUGUGUGUCCCGAGUCCAGUGAAGUGAGGCAAAGAAGAGAGUGCAGGCGCGGUGGAACGGCUGGAGGUGACUGAGGGGGUGAUUGUUGCUCGCGAUGAGCUGGUGAGGCUUCAUGAAACGGUGUCCUCAUUUUCAGAGCUCAGUAGGGGGCGCACUUGCUUUAAAAAUGAUGUGAGGUUUAAAUGACGCCCUUGUUUUACACUCGGUUCAGUGUUCUACUUUGGCUGUAUUUGGGUCAGUUGGUUGACAACACCCUUAACAGCCGGUGAUGUAAGGGUUAGGGGAUAUUUCAACCCUGUCCAUAUGACAUGAAACCCCCUCUCCUCCACUGUCUCAGACUGGCUGUGACCUUGCAUGACCUCUGUAAAGCCGUCCGAGCCUGAGCCCCCACAAGGAUCCCGUGGAUGGAUGAAGGAAUGAGACCUGUCCUCCUGCAUCUUAAAAUCAAUGAAAAUGUAAAGUUGUUUAUCAUUUCUCUUCACCGUGACUAAAGGAUUGGCCCUCACAGCUGGACGACUCUUGAGAUAUCAUCUCCAUGAAAACCCAUGAUGGUAUCAGAGCUCCUCUUCCUGCCGGCUGGCUCCCGGGGGAAACAAAUCCAUGUCAUCAUGAGGGGUGGGACGCGCCUGCACGCUGGCUGAGGGUAACUCUAGCUGCCCUCCAUCAGAGUGGCUGUGUGCGUUUGUGCUGCUCUAGACGGUUUUUCUGCCGCAGCGACCUCCGCUGUCCUUCUGAUCACCUUUCCUCUCGCCCUGCCAGUGCUACAUUUAUUCUCAUUUACUGAGAUAAUCUGAUUCGCCGUCUGGCUACCAUGUGAACACAGCAAUAAUCUUUUGAAGAGGCUUUUUAAAACAUGAUAUAAUAGUCGCUAUUGAAGAGGGCAGAUGCAGUUCAGCGCUAUAGACUGGUAACAUGGACCAGGGCACUUUCUAAAAUGGAAGAAAACAUCCCACAGAAGCUAAAUAAAGUAAAUAAAUACAUGAAUAAACAAAACCCUACCUUUAUUUUGAAGUGAAAAGAGCUGUGAAUAUCAUUUUUGCUGGAGUUCAAACCCCAUGUGCUCACUGUUUAUUUUCAGUUUCUGACAGGAUUUGAGUCUGACCCAUUGAAUCCCUCUGUUUCGGCCCCAUUCGUCGAAACCUCCAGCCUCAAAGCCGCCACUGUUGCCCUCACGCUCAGUGGAAGUUUACAGCUCUGAUGUAACUUAGUGGGGCUCAAUAGACUCUGUUGCCAGAGCGAGGGGCCACAGCGGGCGCUCGUAAACGCACGCAACCCUGAUCAAUAUUUUGGUAGAUGACAGAGGAGGUUGGGCGGUGGAACCGGCGGUUGCAGUCGCAGCUGCAGAGCCAAACAGCAGCCGGCGGACGGAGCGAGAGUCAAUAUUAAAGGGGUAAAUCGGAGAGCAACCAGCGAGGUGAUUUGGAUGGACGUCCUUCAGGAAUGGGAAGGAUGAGUCUGUUUUCCCUCAAAAUUCCUGGUGAACCUGCUACUGGGGACGAUGAGAGACGUGCAGCUGUAAAGGUGGAAUGAUGAAUGUGCUGUUAUUAUGCGUGUGACCCCAGCCAGAGACAGGGAGAGUCACAGGGCUGCGAGCCAUUAAGGCUUAUGGAGCUGAACAAACCAGUCCAACUCAAGGUUGGUAACCAAUUCCACCCACGUUCGCCUCAUCCUGAGGUGCGACUUGCAUAUCCUGAAAUAUGUCAUUUCACCCAACUUAAUUCUGCGCCACUUUCGAUCAUGAAGGUCAGAAAGAAAACACAAGGAAACAGGGAUGUGGUUGUGGUGAAUUUUAGUGUUUUCAAAAAAAGACACGUUUGCGUGUGCCGUGUCCACCAGAAGGGACGGACUGGGCUGCCCAUGAGUGAUGGUUAUCUACUCUCGUGAUUAAAAACUAGUCGUUUUGCUGUCAUCAGUGAUAUAUAAUAAAUGUCAAAAAUACCCCCUUUUCUUCCUUGUUUCUCAGUUGACUCACAUCUGGAUUGGUGUUACGAUAUGUUCCGUUCCUCAGAGCACAGACAGAUCCGUCCGUAUCCGGAGCCGUACGUAACGUUGAGCAUCAGUGGGCCUUAAGGAGGGGCAGGAAUGGACUGUUCUGUAAACAUUGCUUUAGUUUGGCGGUGAUUCGGAAGAGCUCAGGACUUCGUGUGAGUUUCACGCCCCUGUACAGGUUCCUGAGAGUCGGUUAGUCACAGCAGCCACUUCAGAUCAGAUUUACGACAACUGUGAGAUUCUUUUUCUAUAGACAAGUUUUAUCUUUUAUUUAGCUGUUAUUUUGACGUGAAUGGUGCGUUUGUGAGUGUGAACCAGCCUGAAAAGCUUCGUCAUAAUCGGCAGAAAGAUAUGACUGGCAGUGAGUGUUUAUUAUGACCAAACAGGCGCCAGUGUUCCCAGUAAGGUCAACGCUUGCUGCUGUUUUCUUCCCUGUUGGAAGCCCUGGUUUGUGCUGCUGAAAGGUGUUAUCAAUGACUAUUCAGCAGAGGCAACGUGAGAUGGAAUAGAUAGGAGUCACCAAGGGAUUUAUAAAUAGAAAUGAUUGUUUUGUGCUUCAGGAAUGGUCUUUGACUUCCUGAUCGUCCACUCUGUUGUUGGCCAGGUGUUUAUCUCUCAGCAGGGUUUUAUUGUGUUCACACUUCCGGGUGCAGACGUGGCUGUGAACCGGAGCCAGGUGAUGUCUUGAGGUGGAUACGGUGGAGGGUUGAAGGUUCCGUCGACUCUGGAUGAGCGUCCCAGGGUGUAACCUGUCCCAGAUUUAGCCUUGGAUAAACACUCCCUGCUGUUGUCGUCGGGUUUUGUUUGUGCGCUUUAAUAACGAUGAUCUGGCUGGAAAUUCCAUCGUUGUGCGAAAGCAAACAUUGUAAGCUGUAGUCGAGGAGCAUCGAGGAUGACUCGGGUGACGGCGGAGGCCCCGGUGCCGUUGACCGCGCUGUCCCGUUGGUACCUCUACGCCAUCCAUGGCUACUUCUGCGAGGUCAUGUUCACGGCCGCCUGGGAGUUUGUGGUCAACUGCAACUGGAAGUUUCCCGGGGUGACCAGCGUCUGGGCCCUCUUCAUCUACGGCACCUGCAUCCUGAUCGUGGAGCGCAUGUACCUGGCGCUGCGCGGGUGCUGCCCGGCGCUGCUGCGCUGCUGCAUCUACACGCUGUGGACCUACCUGUGGGAGUUUGGCACGGGGCUCCUGCUGCGCCAGUUCGACGCCUGCCCCUGGGAUUACACCCAGUUUCGCUACAACUUCAUGGGGCUGAUCACGGCCGAGUACGCCGUGCCCUGGUUCUGCGCCUCCUUCAUCGUGGAGCGCUUCGUCAUCCGCAGGACUCUGAGGCUUCGCUUCCACGAGGGCCCGGAAGACGGCUGGUCCAAGCGUCCGGCCGAGGGAGGGGCGUCGCCGCCAGCGGGGGGCAGGCGGUCCAGGAACAGUGCCAACGGGUACCUCAAAGUGGACUGAUCCCAGGUGACUUCUCCGACGGGGAGUUGCCAUCGCCCAGGUGGAGAGGUGUCGAUCGACCAGCCGCGAAACUGUAGCGGCUCCCUCUUCCCACGCCCGUCACACAACCACGCACAGCCAUGUGGGUGGAGCCUGACAAGCUCCAAGAGUCACCCACCUGGAUUAGACUUUCAACCCUCCUCAUCUCAGAUGAGUCAUUUCUGCGGAUGCAUCGAGGCAGCUCCUGUCUCACCAGUCAGUAUUGUAACGUCCGCGGCCCAUUUUAAACUGUGCAUACGUAUUCAGACGCACGAGAACCCGCUGUCCAUCCUGAAGCAAAGCACCGUUUGAGCUGAUGCUCUGAAGAAUGUUCGCCCCAGAUGCUUGGAUGCAUGACCACGUCUUCCGAUGCGUGAGGAAAGCUCGGGGAGCAGAUGGACCGCAGCCUCGUGACAGUGCCUUUGAUGUCCAAACUCAGGACCGUGACUACCUGGGUUUGAUGGACAAGGCGCAGCCAUGAGGUUCUGGGGUCCAAUUUGCUAGUUACUUGCAUGCGAACGUUAAGCGGGAGCACCUCGGAGUCAUCGGCCGUGGUCUUGGUGUCUGAAGGGACCAGAUGCACAGACAAAUGUGGAACAAGUCAUCCUUUGAUCUCACACUGCAGAGUCCUGGUCAGCUGACGCAUGUGGUCAGCCAGUCAAGUGGCGCCAGAGGUCCCUGGCAUCCAAACCACCUCCAGGUUCCUGUGAACAGCUCGGUGGAAGGUUCCACGUCCGUGUCCGUUUCACUGUCGGACGUCUGCUCAGACCUCCGGCUUGGUGCAUCUCGACAUGCUUCGGUUGAAACUGUGGUUAUGCAGAGAAUCUCCUGGGCAGUUGAGGCGACGGCUGCCGUCAGGGAAUUGAACCACGUUUUCCUGUGUUCAAGGCUGACCUGUUCACCAGUUGCUUGUCAGCUUUGACCCCAACCACAUGAGACGGCCACCUGCCUUCUGAAUGACUUUUGUCACUGUGAAGUUUCAAAUCUGCUGUUGGAUCCACCAUGGUUUCAAUGAGUCAGUGGUGAGUCAUCGAGGCUCAGGAGCAAAAAACAUGGGACUGUAUUGUGAUCGGUUCAGGUCUUCCUGCCCAUCCAGCCACAUUCCAUCAAACAUGCUGUGACAAGACUCACCGUGGCUCCUGGAGACGCACUCGAGGCGGCUGUAACGGCUGCAACAUGACAGGACAGUUGAGCGGCUGAACCUCGGCAGAAGACGCCGCAGCUCGACAGAAAGAAAUCAAGUGCUGCCCUCUUGUGGAUCCUUUGAUAAAUGCAACUACCUUUGAGCUCGAGUAGGAAAUACAAAUAAAAAAAGACACAUGAAACUACGUGUGUUUCAAAACGACUUUAUAUUAGACAGAAAAAUGUCUCCACAGUCACCGAGUUCAUAACCCAAUAUUAGCAAAGGAACCUGGGAGCGACUCCAAACUGCAUGUUCAGGAGGCUGAACGGCGCCAUGUUCUGUACCUGUGUCUCUUUAUGUUUGUUGUGAAAGUCCUGUGCUCUGUGUCACACUCUUUAGUUCCGUGCAUGUCUCUAAUGUUACUGUGUGUGUGUGUGUGUGUGUAUUUAUUUGACCUUGUCUGACGUCCAAACACAUCCACGUCUGACGUGAAGACUUGUCUUUUCAAAACUGCUAACUCAUUCAUGUAUGAAGUAAAGUAAAAAUAGAAUUAG